AGUGAUCAUUCCGCUGCAACGUACAGUUACUGUCACGGUCUGUGUAUCCAUAACCUGUUCGCGAUCGCGAGCAUACCCAGUUGUGUGAGGUAUUUCAACGCUCUCUUAGAUAACUUGCUCUGCUUCCUAUUCACGACCAUCACUCCGAGAUUGACAACACAUUUAGACACCACCUUAUACCUGGAUAUCCCGGCGAAGUUAUUCAAUCAUCCCAAGACAGCUUACAAGCCGAACUCAGUUUCAGUGGCCCAUACCACUGCUCAUGCCAGCUCCUCGUCCCUCUCAGAGUACAGAAGCCACGCGCGCUGCUGCGCUACAGGCUGAGUUUAAUGAAAAGAAAUGGGUUUGGGUACCAGACGAGAAAGAUGGUUAUCUCGCUGGCUGGGUACACCAAGAAGAUGAUGAGACUGCGGAAAUUAUUAUGUCCUCCGGGGGAGAGAUUCGUCGAGUUCCUUUGUAUGCACUCUCCAAGAUGAACCCUCCCAAGUUCGAUCGUGUGGAAGACAUCGCGGAUCUCACAUUUUUAAACGAGGCGAGCGUCGUGCAUAAUCUCCGUCUAAGGUAUGGAUCCGGAGCUAUCUAUACAUACUCUGGCUUAUUCUUGGUCGCUAUAAACCCUUACCAGAACCUGCCGCUGUACACAGACGCAAUUAUAUCUCAGUAUCGCAGUAAACGACGGGAUGAGAACCCUCCUCAUAUCUUCGCGGUUGCCGAGCGCGCAUGGGUUAACAUGGGAGAGGAGCGCGAAAAUCAGAGCAUUCUUAUAACAGGAGAAUCUGGUGCAGGAAAGACCGAAAGCACGAAGAAAGUUAUACAAUACCUGUCUGCCAUAGCGACUGAUGCGCACCCGCGCCAUCCUUCACAUUCACAUUCUGCCUCCAUGGCAUCCUCGUUCCCCGCAUCCCCACCUUCGGGUUUGCCAAGAAGAGGCUCUUUCCAUGCAAAAGCGACUCAUGUUACGUCUAACAGCACUGGAGGCGCCAAGGGUCGCCUAGGCUUGCUCGAGCGACAGAUUCUCCAAGCGAAUCCCAUCCUUGAGGCGUUUGGUAACGCGCAAACUCAGCGGAAUAACAACUCAAGUAGAUUCGGGAAGUUUAUUAGGAUUAGUUUUUCUCUGGACGGGAGUAUAUCUGGGGCGAACAUUGACUGGUACCUGCUGGAGAAGAGUCGAGUAGUGGUUCGCAGUGCUGCGGAGCGCAACUUCCACGUAUUUUACCAGUUACUAUCGAGUGGUGGAUCAUUAAAGGAUACUCUUCUGCUGGAUCGACCUCUGGACGAAUAUGAAUUUCUCAACAGAAGCAGGCGAGAGGUCGAUGGCGUCAACGAUCGCGAAGAUUGGGACGCUCUGAUAAAUGCUCUUGAUAUUGUUGGCUUUACGGUCGCAGAACAGUUCGACCUUUUCCGCAUCGUCGCGGCAAUUCUUCAUAUUGGCAACAUCGACAUCCGUUCUACGAAGUCGGACGAUGCGUUUAUGCCAGAUCCUUCCCAAGCUGAGCGUGUCUGCCAUUUGCUCGGUAUUCCCAUCGCAGAGUUCACGAGAGCUAUCUUACGACCCAGGGUUCUCGCUGGACGUGAGUGGGUCACACAAGCGAGGACGGGGCAACAGUCUCUUGACGAACUCGCAUCCUUGAGCAAGUCGUUGUACGAGAAGUCCUUCAGUGCGCUGGUCGAGCGCAUCAACCGUGCGCUAGAUCGUCCGUCCUCUAAGUCGACGUUCAUCGGUGUUCUCGACAUCGCUGGCUUCGAGAUCUUCGAAAUUAAUACGUACGAGCAAUUGCUCAUCAACUAUACCAACGAGAAACUGCAGCAGUUUUUCAAUCACCAUAUGUUCGUCCUCGAGCAGGAGGAGUAUUCCAGGGAAGGCAUAGAAUGGGAUUACGUGAACUUCAAGCUGGACUUGCAGCCGACCAUAGACCUCAUCGAGAGUAGUGGGAACGCCAUUGGCAUCCUCAGUUGCUUAGACGAGGAGUGUAUCAUGCCCAAAGCCACCGAUCUCACGUUCACGGAGAAAGUACAUUCGAUCUGGAGCGGAGAUCUGCGCGCAACAGAGCAACCUCAUCCAGGUCGGACGAAAUACACCCUACCGAAGUUUGAACAAGGCUUCAUCAUCACGCACUACGCAGGCAAAGUCGAGUAUCGCACCGACGGGUGGUUAGAGAAGAAUAAGGAUCCCCUCAACGAUAAUCUCACACGUGUACUGGCAUCAUCGUCAGAACCUUACGUGGCUUCGCUCUUCCAAGAUUUUGCUGGCGUCUUCGCCGACAUGCCCCCAUCUUCCAGUGCUGGGUUCUCCGCAGGGAAAAGGCGCCCCAUCAAGAGAGGGGCGUUUAGAACAGUCGGGCAACGGCACAAGGAGCAAUUAGCGCUUCUCAUGGCUCAGUUACAGGCGACACAACCACACUUCGUGCGUUGCAUCGUGCCAAACGUCAACAAGAAACCUGGAAGGGUGGACGUGCCUCUCGUUCUCGAUCAAUUACGUUGCAACGGUGUUUUGGAGGGCAUUCGCAUAGCGCGUCUUGGUUAUCCCAAUCGGCUUCCGUUCGUCGAGUUUCGCCAGCGCUACGAGAUCAUGACUCCAGGCGUUAUUCCUCGUGGAUACAUGGAUGGUCGCAAAGCGUGCAUCCGUAUUGUGGAAGCUUUGGAUCUCGAUACCGAGUUGUUUCGUGUGGGAACGUCCAAGAUAUUCUUCAAGGCGGGAGUCCUCGCCGAUCUCGAGGAGCGGCGGGAUGCCCUUCUAUUCGACGUCUUUUCGAGACUACAGGCUGUUGCUAGGAAGUUCUCCGCACGCAGACAGAUGAAGAAGGUUCUCAAUCGCGCAGUGGCGAUACGGACGAUCCAACGUAAUGCUCGCGUGUACGGGGAGUUGCGAGAUUGGCCAUGGUGGCAACUAUACACGAAAGUCCGUCCGUUACUCGCCGCGACACGAAACGAUGAGGAGCUCAGAAGGAAAGACAUCGAGCUGCAACUUGCGAAGGAGAGAGCGGAGCGCGAUCAACGGGAACGGGAAAGCCUAGAGAACGUGAAGAUGACUCUUCAGGCGGAGAAACGAAAGAUCAUCGACGAGUUGGAAGCAGAGCGUGCGCUUGCCCUCGACAAAGAUGCCAUGUUAGACAGAAGCAAAAAGAGGGAAGCAGAACUCGAAGAAGAAAUCGUUGCCUUACACGCCGACCUCGACGUCCUCGAUUCGCAACUGGACCGUGCCCUACAUCUUCAGAAGGACGCCGAUGAGAAACAUGAAACUUUGCGCGUUGCAUUCGACCAGGCUGCGGAGCAUCUUGUCCGCAUGGAAGGUCAACAAAAUGAAUGGCGAGCUAAAGAGGCGGAGCUUUCGGACAUUGUAUUAACGCAGGAGAGCAGCAUGGUUCAGCUGCAACAGGAACACCAAGCUCUACAAAAAGCCAAUGAAGACCUCAGAGCCCUUGUUUCGCAGCGCGAUGAAGAUUUAGCGCGUGUCAAGGAGCGUUCUGAGGUUUUAGUGAGCGACUUGCAAGCCAAGCUCGGUGUGGAAAUUCGAUCUAAGUGAGCCUCCAAGCUUACUGUAACAUUUGGUCUGAUGUUUCGCGCAGA